CACGUAUAUGUUUCCAACCAAGUUUGACGUUUGGGAAUGUAAUUUUCUUAAGGGAAACUUUAGCGUAUAGUCGUGUUUUUCUAUUUUCACCACUUUUUAAAUAAAUUAUGAACAGUUGUCAGUCAGCAUUGCCGGUGGACGAUAACGACGGCGACAACCGAUGGAUGAGCAUACACAAUCGUUUCCUUUCCGAGACCAGGGAGAAGGAUGCGGACGUGAUAUUCAUUGGGGACUCGAUCGUGCAAGCGUUGCAGCACACGGACGUCUGGAACGAACUGUUCGCGCCUUUACAUUGCCUAAACUUCGGUAUUCACAGGGACAAAAUCGAGAAUGUGUUGUGGAGGAUCAACAACGGUGAACUCGACAACGUUAAACCAAAGGUGAUCGUGCUUCAUGUGGGAACAAAUAAUCACAAGAACACACCAGAAGAAAUCAGAGAUGGAAUAGUAGAAAUUAUUAACACAAUCAGGGAUAAGCACCCUGACGUCUAUAUUGUUGUACCUACUUUAUUACCAAGAGGCCAGCACCCAAAUCAAAUUCGUGAUAAACUAAUGCAAACCAAUGAUGUUCUUAAGGUUAAACUGGAAAACAUGCCUAAAGUGGAGCUUAUACAAAUAGACAAUGGAUUCGUACAGCCUGACGGCACAAUAAGCCAUCACGACAUGCACGAUUAUCUGUUACUGACUAAUGCAGGCAGUAAAAAAGCUUUUGAACCAGUGCACGAGUUGUUGUUGCAGUUGUUGAAUGAGGGCGAACCCGAAAAAGAUCUGACACCAUCUGAAUAAUGUUCAAAUUCAAAAUUCACGUCAAUAACUUUUUUACCAAAGUUACUUAAGACCCCACUGUUUAUUAAGAAAAUUGUGCCUGUAAAUUCUGUGAUCUCAAAAUAAAAAAAUUAACAACAAUGGGUACAUUAAAUGUUUGCAAAGUGUGUAAAGCUAAUGUUAAUGCUAAAGUAUUUAUUUUAAUAUAACUAAGUUUUAAGACUGGAGUUAUCUCAUAGUUGUCAAUUCUUUUUAAUAAACAUGGGGUGUACCAUAUGAGAUUCCUCAGGCAAUGGCCUUAAAAUUUUGUUCUCAAUUAUGUUAUUGCUAGGAAUAAUUGUUUGAAAGCCUAAUCUUAGUGAAAUGUACAUCUUUUAUGUUUGAUGCUCAUGUGAUAUAAGACUAAAUCAAUUUAGAAUUUCUUGUUUACAUUCCUUUUCUUUUUCUAUUUAUUUUACUAAUAUUAGAUGUAGGAUUCAGGUGUAGUUGUAUUUUAGUUAAAUAUUAAUAUUUAUUGCUGAUUUUUGUACAAUUUAUUAUGUUAUGAAUUAUGCUUGAUGUAUGAAAUGUCUUAAGAUUAAACAUUUGCAAUUUUAAUAUCA